AUGCAGAAACGACAAGGUGGCUACUACCCGACCACUCACUUCUGCGGUCGCGGUGAUACCUGUGCCGAAGCCUGUGGCGCUACAUAUGUCCAGUGCCCAUCUGACGCUGGCAUCUACUGCUAUGAUCCCACUAUCGGUGAACAUUGCUGCCCCGACGGCACUGGAAACUCCUGCUCUGCCGGCUAUUUCUGCUCCCACGACGGCGCUGGAACAACGUACUGCUGCCCCGACGGCAUGGAGCUCAGUGAAUGUGCAGCUGCCUACUCGCUCACCGUCUCUCUCAUCAAGGAAACUGGCAGUGUUCCUGUGCCCACUGGCGGAUCCACCGUCAUUCCUGCUUCAACGACUCCUAUCCACGUCAGCUACCCGACUGCUGCCCCGAGCACCAAGGUCUACCCAACCGGUAAUGCUACAUACUCCACCGUGUCACCGCCGCAGUUCACUGGUGCUGCCGCAAAGGUUGUUGGUGGUGGUAUGGCAGUGCUUGCAGGUGCUGCUGGUCUUGCUGGUAUCUUGUAA